CCAAAUCAGUAGGCAUCUGUGGUGGAGUACUAGUUUGGCAUAGGCUACUAUCUAGUGCGCUAGUAGCUAUGCGGUUUUUGGACGCAGCCACUGUCCCGCCCACUUUACUACAGACGCACGCGCGGAUUCGAAUGGCACAGCGGAGUCUCGCGGGCGCUGCAGGUGGAGAGCUCAGAGCGCCUCCGUCACGAAAGCGCGGGAAAAGUGCGUGGAAACACCGACUCAGAGCCGCAGCCGGGGUUUUUCCCCCCUUCUUUCUUUCUUUCUUCUUCCCUGCAGGAUCCUUUCAGAAUGACAUCUCUGAGUAGCGUCUGCUUCCUCUUGCCUGUUGCUUUCCACCUCUUGAUGGUGCCAAGCCUGAGCUCUAUGGCUGCUGCUAGAAGGUGCGGCUCCAUCUACAAGGGCUUUGCCCAGUGUCUUCUGGCCCUGGGGGACAGCUUGUCUGUCAACAGCCAAAAAGACGAGGACAUGCACGAGAUCGACUCAAUCUGCAGAUCAUGGGACGAUUUCCAUGACUGUGCAAACCUGGCCAUGGCUGGCUGCCCCGAUGAAGCCGCUGCUGUGUGGGAGUCCCUGAGACAAGAGUCUAAAAAGAUGCAGUUUGCAGGUAACCUGUAUGACAUGUGCUCUAGUCGUAGCCAAUCAGCAGCCGACACAGGGGCUCAGAACCCAGACGAGACCAAUCAAGAGUCCCUGAAAGGAAAGGCCAGUCAUUUAAGCCUAGGCCAAAGCAUCUUUCUCCCCACUUGCUUGUGUUUACUGUUCGUCUACCUGUGGAUAUAAACCAAGACUUUCUGCUUCAAGAGACAUGCAGUGGAAUGUAAUGAAUUACCAGUGGACUGACGUGUGUGAUGUUGACAUUUCUCAAAGGUAACACAUUGUAAAUAAUAAUUCUUUUUUUCUUUAUAAAGGCAUGCUUUUGAACAGAAUUCUACACAUGUACGGUGCUCUCUUGAAUUAUUGGCACCUUCAUGAAAAUGAGCAAAAAUGAAUAUCUAAAAAGAAUAGCACAUGCAAUAAAUGAUUAUAUGGAGCUCAAACAUACAAGGAUAUUGUGUAGUUUUACAAGACACUGGUUACAAAAUUAUUGCCCCCCUUACAUUUAAUAUUUUAUGAAGCCUACCUUGGAGAGAGUAAAAGCACUAAAAGAAUAAUAGCACAAAAUCUGAAAAAGAAUAUAAAGUAUAGCUUCAUAGCAUGCUGUUUUGAGGGUGACAGAUAUUAUGUCACCUUUUCAUGUUUUUUCAAGUUCUCAUUAGUCCAAACACGACUUAGGCAAACACUGAGAACUGCAUACAUUUGCAAGCAUGCUUAAUAAUAACUGUAUACAGCAAAUUGGUUUUGUUUGACAACAUACAAUUGUCAGGAUUUUUUUUUUCACAGGAUUUGCAAAACAUGUUUAUGAAUAAAAUAUUACAGUUUUAUUACAAAUCUGUUAUUUUCUUCUGUGUAAAUAUUUGUAUAUAACAUUCACAACAAUGUAUAAUUUAAAAAAAAUGACUGAUAUGGGAAGAAAAUUAUUUACUUAAGAGAAUGUUGUGGUUCAAUUUGGGAAAUACUGUAUGUCAAAUAUUCAGUGACAUCUAGUUACAUUCCAUAUUAGAUAUUUGUGAAUAAUGUUUGUGAGCCAACAUUUAAAGCUGUUCAGCUCACAUUCCUCAUUUUUUCUUCUAUUUGUUUUGUAAUUCUUCUUGUUUUGAUUGCCAAUUUAUUACUAAUGCUGUUACUUUUUAGAGUCAGUAAGAAUGUAGUGAGGAUCCAAACUGUUCCAUCUGUUUCGCCGUGUAGUCCAAGAUUUAAAAGUACAAUCAGUGAGAUUAAUGAAUGAAUUUUACACAGUUGGAUUACUGUAAUUCUGAAGAGUCUGAAUCUGUUGAGGAGCAUUUUUAACUUUUGUUAAGAUGUAAUCUGGUGCUCCAUGGUUCAUGAAUGACAUGUGAAUGUAAGAACUACUGUACCUCAAAGAUGCACAUCAAUAUCUCCUCAGAACUCAAAUUGAUGUUGCAAUGCUCUCUAAUAAUAUUAAAAAUGUAUAACGUGACUAACAGAACAAUUUUAUUUUAUUAUCUAAUUUUAUCAUUAUUUAUUUAUUUAUUUAUUUUUUGGAAAUAUGACAUUUUGCAGUCACACUUUGUAUUCCCUUCUGACAUAAGAUUCAUAAGGAUUCCAACUAGCAUUAUACUUUAUACAAAUGGAGGAAUGAGAUAAGCUGUGAGCACUGACUUGCUCCUUCACUCUAACCUUAAUGCUCAUUACUUUUUAUGCUAGGUGGCUCGUGUGGGAUCUUAUGAAUUUGCAAUGGCGAUAGCCCUUUAAAGAUAAAGGGAGAUGUCACAUAGUGCAUGGGUUCAUUAUAAGUCUGUCCUCAUUCGUUUGAAGUUGAAUCCUAUAUCAUUUCACUGUCCAUCAGAUGGGAAAUUUUAUGUAGAAACUCUGGGAUUAAAGGGAUUUUCCACAUGGAUGCCAUCAACCAGAAACCCCGAUACUGCUUGUCCAAUGCUUGCCACUUUGUUAUUUAUGUCAAAUGGAGGUUUCAAAGAUAAUCUCAGAGGCAAAAUGAAUUUAAUUAGAACAUUUUCCAAGUAUAUAUAUAUAUAUAGUUUUAGUCCUUUUUCUAUCCUUGAGUAUGAACAUUUCACAACAUGAAGAGAUAAUAAAAUGUACUGACUGAUGAAUUUCUGCUUGAUGUUUUGCGUAAAUAUAUCACACACAUCAUGUAACAGCAGUAGAUGCUCCAUUUACAUGCUUCACUCUGAUACUCUUGGUAUGUAAGUGCAUUCUCCGUGAAAAGAAUUACUAUUUUGCUGGAUGUGUGAAAUCGCAGUGAGCUGAACACUGAGCUCUGUGCUAAUGCUAUGAAAUAUUGCAUUCCUGUCUCCAAUGCUUAUACCUUUUUUUUUUUUAUUCCUCUGCCUACAUGAAUAUUUCAUGCAUCCCAGCUGCUUUCAUAAACAUAGACAGUUAGCAGGAUGGAGAUCGCCACAGAGUGAGAACCCACAUAUAUGCACACUGGAAUGUGAGAACAUGGAGAUGUGGCUGCUUGAUCAACAGCAAUUAUUUUCACAUUAAUUGGCUUUGAACCAAAUCCCAGCUUUCUGAGUUGUGCAUCGUGAAACUGAAACAGCUAAAAACUGUGACAAAUGGAUGUAGCUGAUCUUCAAAAAGGUGCCAUGAGUCAGAUUUUUCUAGUCAGGCAAAAUCAUUGCUUGAGAGUCACUGACUGAAAAUAUGUGUGGGCUUUAUUUUUAAAGUA